CGUCCGGGGCGGGGCGGGGAGGGGCAGGGCCCCGGCGGCGGGCGGCCGGCGGAGCGCGAAAGCGGGUCACGCUUCCUCCUUCCCUCCCCGUCCCUUCUUCUCCUCCCACCUGGGCCUCUGCGUGGGGACGCGCACCUGGCAACUGGCGGCCGAGUUCCGCCGCGCCCCCGGCUUCUCCGCUCAGGCUGGGCGCCCCGCGCCUGUCCUGCACCCGAGCCGGCCCCCUGCGCCCGCCCCUCGCCCGCGGCUGCAGCCGCGUUCGCUGGCGGCGGCCUCGAGCGUUCGCUCGUUGAUGCCGUUUUGGGGGUGACCCCGCGUGGCGGUGGCGCGUCCGCGGUGGGGGCGGGUUAGUGGCCGCGGCUUUCCGGGACGUGGGGUGCGCGGCUGCGGGGCGGCAGGGUGGCCAGGCGGCGAGACCCCGCGCGCAGCUCGGGUUUCGGGACUCCGGAGGCGAGUGCCACGGCCGCGCGGGAGCGGGAGAUGUGGGAGCUCAGGCACCGGGGAGGCUGCCCCAGCCCCGGGGGAGCGGUGGCGCCGCCACCCCGCGAGGGAGAGGCAGCAGGCGGCGACCACGAAACCGAGAGCACCAGUGACAAAGAAACAGAUAUUGAUGACAGAUAUGGAGAUUUGGAUUCCAGAACAGAUUCUGAUAUUCCAGACAUUCCACCAUCCUCGGAUAGAACCCCUGAGAUCCUCAAGAGAGCUCUCUCUGGUUUGUCUUCAAGGUGGAAAAACUGGUGGAUUCGUGGAAUUCUUACUCUAACUAUGAUUUCAUUGUUUUUCCUGGUCAUCUAUAUGGGAUCCUUUAUGCUGAUGCUUCUUGUUCUAGGCAUCCAAGUGAAAUGCUUCCAUGAAAUCAUCACUAUAGGUUACAGAGUCUACCGUUCUUAUGACCUACCUUGGUUUAGAACACUCAGCUGGUAUUUUCUACUGUGCGUAAACUACUUUUUCUAUGGAGAGACUGUAGCUGAUUACUUUGCUACAUUUGUUCAAAGAGAAGAGCAGCUUCAGUUCCUCAUUCGCUACCACAGAUUUAUAUCCUUUGCCCUCUAUCUGGCAGGUUUCUGCAUGUUUGUGCUAAGCCUUGUGAAGAAACAUUAUCGCCUGCAGUUUUAUAUGUUGUCUCCUAAGAAGACUUGGGAAGGAUUCAUUGGCGGUUUCUUUUCCACAGUUGUGUUUGGAUUCAUUGCCGCCUACGUGUUAUCCAAAUACCAGUACUUUGUCUGCCCAGUGGAAUAUCGCAGUGACAUCAACUCCUUCGUUACAGAAUGUGAACCCUCAGAACUUUUCCAGCUUCAGAGCUACUCACUGCCUACCUCGCUGAAGGCCGUGUUAAGACAGGAAGCUGUGAGCUUGUAUCCUUUCCAGAUACACAGCAUCGCUCUUUCCACGUUUGCAUCUUUGAUUGGCCCAUUUGGAGGCUUCUUUGCCAGCGGAUUCAAAAGAGCUUUCAAAAUCAAGGAUUUUGCGAACACCAUUCCUGGCCAUGGCGGAAUAAUGGACCGAUUUGAUUGUCAGUAUUUGAUGGCGACUUUUGUGCAUGUGUACAUCACAAGUUUUAUAAGGGGUCCAAAUCCCAGCAAAGUGCUACAGCAGUUGUUGGUGCUUCAACCAGAACAGCAGUUAAAUAUAUAUAAAACGCUGAAGAUUCAUCUCAUUGAGAAAGGAAUCCUACAGCCAACCUUGAAGGUAUAACUGGACCCAGAGAGAGAAGGACUGACAAUAAAGAAUUGUACAGAAAGGCACUGACAGAUGACAUUUUGUAGUUGUACAGAAACAUGGUUGAAAAGGCAAUAGAUUGAAUUUUUACAGACAUGAAUGUUUCUUCUCUGAAAUUACUGUGAAUAUUUAACACUUACUUGAUCUAAGUUAUGAAAAUAAGUAGCAAAUUGCCGGCAAAAUAUCCUGUACUUUUUCUAAAGUGUAUUUUCCAAUGUUAACUUCCUUCCCAUUACUUGCUAGUUUUCAUCACUUAAAAGACUUGUGUUUUAAAGAGUCAAACACUCUAAAGUGAGUACAUCGAAGCCCUCUUGAGGCUGCACCUGGCAGGGUGCCCUUUGCACAAAUAUUUACUUUUAUACUUGGAGCUGCUCUUCAUUUCAACAAAAUGUUUUAUGUAAGGCACAACAGGAAGUUCGUUCUCCUGCACUUCCUCCUCUUGAAGGCUGGAGUCUUUUCUGAAGGGCUGAGUUGGCUCCAAAAGAGAAAGAUUAUCCACUUUUUAAAAGAAAGAAGUAGUCCGUUGCCAGAGGAAAAACAUUCCACUUUUGGUAGGUUUGAAAUUCAAGAGCAAGAGGCAUAAAUCUCUACCAUCCUUGGUUUGGAGAAAGGGCAGACAUCCGAGUCUUCUUUGGAAAAACGUGACCUUCGCAGAAACUUUUCAAGAGAAAGGAGAAUUCUGCCCCGAGGAACCUGAUGGGCACCCCCCGCCCCCGCCCCGAUGUUCUCAGGAGGCAGCGCUGGACGGUGACAGAAGCACAGCCACCUCCCCUCUCCACUGGCUUCUGUGCAGUUGUCUCGCUGUGAGCCGGUUGCCCUGAGUUCUGUAGCCGUGGACGUGUAAGGUCAGCAUCGAGGGUCAUGGGUACGGGCGGGGGGCAGGUGCUGAGCAAGGGUGCUCAUCCUGGGAUGAGGCCCUGCCCGCCUGUGUCCCGGGCCCCUGCCUGCUGCUUCCCGCGCAGCCCUCUGGACAGUCGCGGCGGAAGACGCGGGAUCUGCCUGGAAACCAAACCCCGGAUGAAACCCAUGGUAGCAGUUAAUCGUCGUCACUCGCCUCUUUCACAUCCUGUCCCCAAGCGGAAGCCGUCCCCUAAUACGGCGUUUUUUUCUUCCGAUGAUGAAAAUCAAGCAGAAGUGAUUUCCACCAAGAACAAAAAGCACACAAUUCCGUUGGUGGACUGGACCCUGUAACCAGAUGAGAAUAAAUUUCUUGUCAGUGGUUAUGAAUGAGCUCCUGUUGCCCUGUGCUCUCUGCAGCCGUAUUUAUUGUACGGAACAGUCAGCCCGAAAACCUUCCAAAAUCGCCCAGGGCUCCGUGACUAAAUGUUUGGAGAGGAGAAACCGAGAUAUUUUAAGAAUGAUUUGCUAAUGAAAGGAGUAAAUAUUUUCAUUUAAAUCCGAAACAGAUUUCAGUUAUUUCGUAUUUCUGUUCUCCUCCUCUAUUUAAAAUGACAGAAUUGCAGCUGUGCCUGGUUCCCCAGAUGUCGUCUGUAACCAGUAGCCUGAUUGUGGUACAUGCAGUGAAACUCCGUCCCAAGAGCCUGAUUUCUCGGCUGGCGUACACACUCGUUCAGUUCAUCCCCGCUGGAUGUGUUCGGUCAGCGUUGUCUCACACUAUUCCAUAAAAACCCAGAAGUGGCAUUGGAGAUGUUACCACGGAAGGGAGUGAUCACUUUUAAAAUCGCACUACGUUCAAGUUAAUUUUCAACCUCGCUCAUUUUUACUCUCCUCAUUAAAAGCGCCACGUGUCAAUCAUAAAAGAAUCUACUUACCAAAGUUUAAAAAAUAAAAUGAAAAAUUUCUAGCAGGAACUUAUGUUGGAGACUUGGUGAUUUGCACAAUAAGAACUUCUCAGAGAUGUGCAGUUCUCUCUGCAUUUUUCUUUAAAGUGGUACAGUGAGGCACUGCAAUAUAGAAUUAUGAGAGCAUUACUGAAUAUGUGUAUUAUAAAAUCAAUAAUAUAAACAAAAUUUGAAGCUAGAACUAUUUGGGGCCACCGUAAUAGCUAUCCUCAAAUACACUUUUAGAGUUGGGUGUACAUUCUAUGUGUAAAAAAGUAAAUUCUUCGUUUUAACAGAACUCUGAAGAUUGACCUUUUUAGUGUACUUUUAUAGCAUGUAAAUUAAAAUAGAAUAUAUUUUGGCAAGAAUAUACUUUAGCAAAGAUUGCCAUAAACCCCUUUGAUCAUUUUUAUAUUUGCACUGUGAAGAGGGUUUAAAUUUCAGUGUAGCGAGGUGGUGGCAGAGGAAUGAAAGACGAGGAACUUCCUUUACAGUGACGGUUAUUCGGGGAGGUCCUGAAAUGGUACUAACCGCUUAGUACACGUGUUUUCUCAGUGCUUUUCCCCUGGUGAUGGUGUGUAUACAUUUACUGUCUGAGAAUAAAAAGACCCCACCCACACGCUCUUUUGUUUUCAUUUACAGUAUCUCUUUGUUUAAAAUUUGGUUUGAACAAAGUAUCACUUUGUUCAUGGGAAAAGAAGAGAUUAUAAAAGAAGAGACAGUGUAUAUAUAUACACACACACUGUAUGUGUCUAGGAGAUGGCUUCUGAUAUGUGUCAAUCAGUUCUCUGAGUCUGUUUCUAUAACUGAGACAGGAAAAUAAAAGGGAAACAAAUCACA